CCAAAAUACACCAUCUCGUACCCCCAAAAUGGCGAAUCAGAAUCCUCCCAAAUCACCACCUCCCAAUCCCGACCGGCAUCCCAACGACCACUCAUCCACAUCGUCCUCAUGCUCCGACACAUCAACAGGCCCUCAGCAAAACAUCCAAAUCCUGCAAAUAGUCGAUCAAAUGUCCGAACCGCAGCUGCAUCGCUACGAGUCGUUCCGACGUUCCGGAUUUCUCAAGGUAAACAUCAAAAAAUUGGUGAACAACGUUCUCAACCAGGCAUGCAAUCCCAAUUUUAUCAUUGCGGUCUCCGGUGUUGCCAAGGUGUUUGUUGGCGAGAUGGUGUGUAAGGCUAAGGAGGUGCAGGAGAGGUGGGGGGAUAGCGGGCCACUCAUGCCUGCACACAUGCAUGAGGCGUACAGGCUUUUGUACAAGGACGUGCCCAAUAUGAAGGUAUAUCGGCGGUUUUUUGAGUAGUUUGGACGGUAUGAGCUGUGCUGGUUAUGAGUGUGUUGGACAGAGCGGUGCUUUAAAACGGUACAAGUGCUGAUAAACAGUCUUGUAUGUGCUGUUAGGAGAGCGAAACGACGAGUAAAUGCAACUUAACGGUUCUAUUCGUUGUUAAAAUCGCUGUUAAACGCGGUCUAUCCCUGAUCCCACGUUUCAACACCCUUCUGGUUGCGUAGGUACGGUUUGUUUACCUUACCGCUCCACGCCAGGAAAGGGCCCUUCCUGCUGUGCCCUUCACAUCGUUUGUUACUCCUCAAUUACGGUACGCCAUCUUAGCGCUUCACCCGUAUUUUCAGUUCCUACGACACAUCAUAAAAACGUACAGAACAAAAAGACCGUGUUGUGCAGCGCAACGUACCGGUGGUACGUGUUGCAAAUAACUAAGAAGUACGUUUUGGCACAUUCUUUCACGGUCAGGCACCGAUCAAACACAGCCGCUCCAGUACCAAACACACGUACGAACAGUAAAACCGUUUAAUUUAACCAUCGUACUAAUACAAAGCAAGAACAACAAACGCCAUAUACACCAAAAACGUAGGAUAGCACACGAGCACACGCACAUUCCUAAGCUUUAAAUACGCCACAAACACCUCACUCGCCACAAAAGCGCUGUAAAACGCGCCCACACCCCCACACACCAACGAAACAUUCACACUAACAUCCAAGUAGCACAUCAAAACGUGCACAGCAGCAAAGAACACAACAGGCAGCAUCGCAUAUCCCAUAACAGAGCAGACCACGACGUACUCAAUCUCAGACUCACCCAUCGCAUUGAGCACGAAGUGCAUUACAAGCGUGCACAGCACGCACAUGAAAUACACACACCCGAACAGCACCUUGCCGGUGAGCAGUAGAAUGAACGAGAAGAUGAAGAUUAGUAUAAGUGGACCGGUUAGGUCCACUCUAUCGAUGUGUGCUGACUUUGUUGGUGUGUGGAAUAUUAGGGAGCAUUCUUGGUGGAUGGUUGUGAAUUGGAUGCCUAGUUCUUGGAGAAGAGGAGGAUCGCCCGGUUCGUAGCCUGUGAAUGCUGCUUUGAGGUCUGUGGCGGGGUGUACGUUCAUUUUUAGGGGUGAAGCAUGGGAGCGGUGAAAAGCAUGAGGAAUGGUGAAGUAUGGGAGUGGUGAAGUAUGGAGGUGGUGAAAAGCAUGAGGAAUGGGAGCGGUAAAACAUGCCGUUCAUAAAUGCAGUGCCUAGCACGCUCAAUCGCGCUGUACCCGUAACUCAAACAAUAAAAGAAAGUACAAAACACAAAAAUUAUGUAAUUACACCAUUUCAAUCUACAAGCAGCACACCACCACCUCAGUACCGCACCUUUUUACUUUCCUCAUCCUUCCGUUCAUCCCCCCUAAACUCAAAACGUGCUCUUCUACAGAACAAAG